AUGCCUCACAAAGACGCUGACCACCCCGUGGUCAAGCGCCAGAAGACUGCGGCACCCGCCAAUGCUUCAAAGUCCGCAUCAGACUCUUCAAGGAUUUUUGCGCCUUUCCGCACUGUCGGUUUAGUAUCUCCUACCAGCGUUCCUUUCACCUCGAUUCCUCUCGGAAAGACAUCCUUCCAGAUUUCCACCUCGGUUGGCCGAGCUAUUCAGACUUAUGAUCUUCGUCGCGGAUUGAACCUCGUUUUCAUCACUCGCCCGCAAACCCCCGCCGAUAUUACCGCCACCCUCGCCUGGAAGCAACAGAUUUUUGCAGCAUGGGGAAAUCCUCAGAAGGGAGAGCCUCAGGGUGUCUGGGUCUACCAGAGGGGUAAGAAGGUCGAUGAGCUUGCGCUGCCCGCCGACCUCGACGAGCCCAUCCAGCAAAUUCAGAUUUUGGGAACAUGGACUAUUGUCGCUGCUUUGACCCGUAUCGAAGUUUUCAAGACCGCCAGCCUGGAGCACUACACCACCAUCUACACCACUCCUGCCAACGACCGAGGCAAUGAGAUCACGGGUGGCAUUGUUACUAUGCCUACUUUCCUCAACAAGAUUUUCGUUGGUCGCAAAGAUGGCUGGGUCGAGAUCUGGAACGUCAGCACCGCCAAGCUUAUCUACACUAUCCUACCUCCUUCUCCCGAUUGCGGUUCUGUAACAUGCCUUGAGCCCAGUACUGCUCUGUCUCUCCUCGCUAUCGCCUAUUCCGAGGGAACUCUUAUCAUCACAAACGUUCUUACUGACAAGGUCGCUCUUCGCAUUGAGGCUGGCCACUCGGAAGCACCAGUCAACUCGAUCUCUUUCCGAACCGAUGGCAUGGGAGCUGGUCAGGAUGGACGCAAGGAUGGUGUUAUGGCUACGUCGACAGCUGCUACUGGAGAUGUCACAUUUUGGGAUUUGAACGGUGGUGGUCGUGUUAUGGGUGUUUUGCGAAGCGCUCACAACCCUCCCUCCCACGAUGGACCUCUUGUUCGCGGCGGUAUCAGCAAGGUCGAGUUUCUCCCCGGUCAACCUGUGAUCAUGACCAGCGGCCGUGACAACUCUCUCAAGUCCUGGAUCUUCGACGAAACCCCCUUCUCGCCUGUUCCCCGAAUUCUCCACCAGCGCAGUGGACAUGCCGGUCCCGUCAACUGUCUUCAGUUCCUUCCUACCGACUUUGAAGGCGCCGAUGCUGGUAACAAGUGGCUGAUCAGUGGUGGACAAGACCGAAGUCUUUGGGGAUGGAGUUUGCGCCGUGAUGGUCAAAGCACAGAGUUGAGUCAGGGUGCCAUUCGCAAGAAGGCCAAGAAGAUUGGUAUUCUGGCUACCAGCGCUCUCUCUCACGGACCUACAACGACUUUGGAGGACCUCAAGGCUCCCGAGAUCACAUGCAUGGCAUCUUCACUAAACAGAGAUGGUGGUAUUGGUGCUAUGCCUGGUAAGCAACCUGUGUGGCAAAAGAUGCAGAAGAGAAAGCCUCAAGAUGCCGAGGUUAGUGGUAUGACCGGCUGGGAGAGUGUGGUGACUGCACACAAGAACGACAAAUUCGCCAGGACGUGGUUCUGGGGUCGCAAGAGAGCAGGUCGAUGGGCUCUCCCUACUGGAGAUGAGACUAACGUUUCGACUGUUGCUAUCAGCCCUUGCGGUACCUUCGCUCUUGUUGGUGCCGAGUCUGGUGGUAUUGAUAUGUACAACCUCCAGUCUGGAAACCAUCGCACACGAUUCCCUUCAAGACUCACCCCAGCUCAGGCUCGCGCACUCAAGAUGCAACAGCUACGACAGGCAGACGAUGUCGUGGCACUACAUGCUGAGGCCACUCGCCAGUUCCCCGUGGGCACUGGAAAGCAUACCAAGCGUGUCACCGGUAUCAUUGUCGAUCAGAUGAACAAGACCGUAGUGUCUUGCUCCUUGGACGGCAAGAUCAAGUUCUGGGACUUCUUGACAGGAAAUCUGCUCGAGCAAAUCGAUUGGGCACCUAUGACUUUCCCUACCGCAUGCAGAUACCACCCUGCCAGCAACCUCCUCGCCUUUUCUUGCGACGACCUAUCGAUUCGAGUGGUGGAUAUGGAGACCAAAAGAACUAUUCGUGAGUUCUGGGGUCCUCAGGGCACCAUCAACGAUCUGUGCUUCUCUAGCGAUGGACGAUGGAUUAUUGCAGCUUCUCAAGAUUCUGUCAUCCGUGUCUGGGAUCUUCCUACAAGUCAUUUGAUCGACGCUAUCCGACUGGAGAAGCCUUGCAAGGCAAUUGCCAUGUCCGUUACUGGCGAGUACCUCGCUGCGACAAUCGAGAACGAGCUGGGUGUGACACUCUGGACCAACAAGGCUCUCUUCAAGCACGUUCCCACACGCCAGAUCUCCGAAAAGGAGAUUGGCCAAGUUUCCGCUCCUACAGCUUCUGGCGAGAACAGUCAUGGUAUGUUGGAGGGUGCAUUCGAAGAGGAGGAGGCCGAGGAUGAGGAUACCGUGGUGGCGCCUACGAUCGAGCAGCUCAGCGCCGAUCUUACAACUCUGUCUCUGGUUCCCAAGAGCCGCUGGCAAACACUGCUGCACUUGGAUCUUAUCAAGGAGCGAAACAAGCCCAAGGAGGCCCCCAAGCUUCCUGAGAAGGCUCCUUUCUUCCUGCCUUCAACAACAGGCAAGGAUAACCCCAUGAAGAACAAGGAGGAGGAGAAAGCAGAGGCGGAGAACACUUCUCGCGUCACGAAGCUUGAGCAGGCUCGUUUCGAGCAAGCUCUUAGUUCCAAGCUUCGUGCUGGAGCAGAGACCGGAAACUACGAUGAUUUCAUCGAGCAUCUCAAAUCUCUUUCACCCUCCAGUGCUGACCUGGAGCUCCGCUCGCUCUCCGUCGGUGAUGGCGACGAGAUUCCUAAUGAGCUGCUGCACUUCAUCCGUGCUUUGACAGCGCGCCUCAAGACUCGCCGAGACUACGAGCUUACUCAAGCCUGGAUGACUGUGUUCCUCCGACUUCACUUUGAUCUAGUGAUGGAGAACGAAGAACUGCUGAAUGCUUUGAGUGAGUGGAAGACAUAUCAGGAGAAGGAGUGCAACCGAUUGGAUGGUUUGGUUGGAUACUGCAGUGGUGUGGUUAGCUUCUUGAGGAACCCAAGGACAUGA